AUGAUGCAGCAGCCACCACCCGGAGGUAUCCUUCCGCAUCACGUUCCUCCUCCGUCUGCGCAGCAGCACUACGGUUACCAGCAACCGUCUCCUUACGGAAUGGCCGGAGCUCCUCCACCACAUAUGUGGAAUCCGCAAGCCGUUGCGCCGCCAUCAACUCAGCCGACGACCGCCGACGAGAUCCGGACUCUCUGGAUCGGAGACUUGCAGUUUUGGAUGGACGAGGCUUUCCUCUACGGUUGUUUUGCUCAUACCGGAGAGGUUGUUUCUGCUAAAGUGAUCCGUAACAAGCAAACCAAUCAGGUCGAAGGAUACGGAUUCAUCGAGUUUGUAUCUCACGCUGCUGCUGAGCGAGCUCUACAGACAUUCAACAACACUCCAAUCCCGAACAUUCCUGAUCAGCUCUUUAGAUUGAACUGGGCCUCGUUGAGCUCCGGAGAUAAACGGGACGAUUCGCCGGAUCACAUGCGUUUCGAUCGCGUCGGAUCCGUGCCGGGUCGAGUUUCUGACCCGGUUGCUGUUCGAUUCCUCGAUCGAAACACGCGUUAA